AUGAAGCUGUUAACAUUCCCAGGCCAAGGGACUUCCAUCUCUAUUUCGAUUUUGAAAGCGAUAAUAAGAAACAAAUCAAAAGAAUUUCAGACAAUUCUGAGCCAGAACGGCAAGGAUUCAAAUGAUCUAUUGCAAUACAUUUUCCAGAACCCCUCCAGCCCCGGAAGCAUAGCAGUUUGUUCCAAUCUUUUUUAUCAAUUGUAUCAGAUACUCUCAUAUCCUUCCGCUUCCCUAGAUCAUGCACAGAAAAGCACGUCUAAUAUUGAUAUACCCAGCAGGAGGGACAAUGAACAAUGCUAUCUUCUAGGUCACUCAUUGGGGGAGUUGACCUGUUUGAGUGUCAAUUCGCUGUUCUCGUUGAAGGACCUUUUCGACAUUGCUAAUUUUAGAAACGAAUUGAUGGUAACGUCCACUGAAAAAUACUUGGUGGCCCACAACAUCAACAGAUCCAACAAGUUUGAAAUGUGGGCGUUAUCCUCUCCAAGGGCCACGGAUUUACCACAGGAGGUUCAGAAACUAUUGAAUUCCCCUAAUUUGCUAUCGUCUUCACAAAACACCAUUUCCGUGGCUAAUGCGAAUUCAGUAAAGCAAUGUGUGGUCACUGGCCUGGUGGAUGACUUGGAGUCCCUAAGAACCGAGUUGAACCUUAGGUUCCCGCGCUUGAGGAUCACAGAACUGACUAACCCAUACAACAUUCCCUUCCAUAAUAGCACCGUGUUGAGGCCCGUUCAAGAGCCACUAUAUGACUACAUAUGGGAUAUACUAAAAAAAAAUGGAACUCACACGUUAACAGAGCUGAACCAUCCAAUAAUAGCCAACCUGGAUGGUAACAUCUCUUACUACAUCCAUCAUGCGCUAGAUAGAUUCGUCAAAUGUUCAAGUAGAACUGUACAAUUCACUAUGUGUUACGAUACCAUUAACUCUGGGACUCCAAUAGAGAUUGAAAAAAGCGUCUGCUUUGGGCCAGGGAAUGUGAUUUAUAACCUCAUCAGGAGGAAUUGCCCUCAGGUAGAAACUAUAGAGUAUACCUCUUUGGCCACCAUAGACGCAUACCACAAGACGACAGACAAGAACGAAGAUUAA